AUGGCAUUGAUUCCACAAAACUGUCUCAGUAUUCUGAACAUCUCUUACUCGGUCGGGGAACGUGUGGGACCUUGGUGGGGUAUUCCAUUAUACAGUAAGAAGUGGAACAGACCGUUUCUCAAAGAUGUUUCAUUUCAUAUAGAAAGUGGCCAGCUCAGGAGUAUCUUAGGAAACGCAGGUUCUGGAAAGACAACUUUGCUGGAUGCCAUAGCUGGAAGACUGAACCACGAGACAACAUUUACUGGGCAGGUUUACCUCAAUGGACGUGAGCCGAGGCAGCAACAAUUUCAGAAGUGUUUUUCCUAUGUUCUCCAGAAUGAGACUUUAUUAAGCUACCUCACCAUAGAAGAAUGUUUAACUUAUAUUGCCAUGCUGGCCCUCCAGAAGCACUCCUGUGAUUUUAUAAAAAAGAAGGUGGAUGCUGUCAUGGCCGAGCUGGGUCUCAGUCCUGUUGCUAACACUGUAAUUGGAAGCCGUAUUUUUCGGGGGAUUUCUGAUGGUGAAAGACGUCGCGUUUCAAUUGCAGCCCAGCUAUUACAAGAUCCCAAGGUUAUGUUGCUAGAUGAGCCUACCACAGGUCUGGACUGCAUGACAGCCAGCCAGAUUGUGAUGCUACUUUCAGAACUUGCUCAUAAAGGAAGGAUUGUGAUUAUUACAAUCCACCAGCCCCGCUCAGAACUUUUCCAGAUAUUUGAUAAAAUUUGCAUUAUGAGUUUUGGAGAACUAAUCUUCUGUGGAGGCCCAUCAGACAUGAUCACAUUUUUCAGUGACUGUGGCUACACAUGCCCUGAACAUUCUAGCCCUUUUGAUUUUUAUGUGGAUCUCACAUCAGUUGACACUCAAAGCCAGGAGCGUCAACUGGAAACCUACAGCAGAGUGCAAACCAUUUGUACUGCCUACAAACAUUCAGAAGUAUUUCUCAGAACUCUGGCGGCUAUUGAGGAAGCCAAGUGCCGUGUGAAAGAGCUACCACCGAUACCUUUUAAAUGUGAAGAGUCCCCUAGUGCGUUCUGCAAGCUAUGCAUACUUUUAAUGAGGACAAUGAAGAAUUUAUCCAGAGAUAAGACUGGGAUUAUAAUGCGGAUUUCCCAAAAUCUAUUAUUUGGCCUUUUUGUGGCAUUCUUCCUUCUAAGAGUGAACAAUGGUUUCCUCAAAGGAGCUGUGCAGGAUCGGGUAGGACUAAUCUACCAAUUUGUGGGUGCUGUACCAUAUACGGGAAUUCUCAACGCUCUAGCCCUGUUUCCUGCCUUGCCAGCUGUUGGAGAUCAAGAAAGUAAAAAUGGCUUAUAUGAGAAAUGGCGGAUGUUGUUUGCCUACCUAGUGCACUUUCUGCCCUUCAGUAUCAUCAGCAUUGCACUUUUUAGUACCUUUAUAUAUUGGACGAUGGGAUUUUACCCAGAAGUUACUCGCUUUGGAUAUUUCUUUGCUGCAAUUUUGGCACCUCAUAUACUAGGCGAACUGCUUGCGCUUACUUUUCUUGGUGUUAUUCAAAAUCCCCAUGUGGUCAGUGGAGCAGCGGUACUAAUUAAUGUAGCAGGUGCCCUAGCUGGAAGUGGACUUAUAAGGAGCCUGGAGAACAUGCCUACUCCUUUUAAAAUGCUAAGUUAUUUUUCAUUCCAAAAGUAUACCAGUGAGAUCCUUGUUGUGAACGAGUUUUCUGGAUUAACAUUUACAUGUGGUCACUUCAAUGUUUCUACGGGACUUGCAUCACCCUGUCCAUUCUCUCAAGGGAUCCAAUUCAUUGAAAUAAACUUUCCUGGGGCACCAUCCCGGUUCACAACAGACUUCUUAAUAUUAUAUACCUUUGUUCCAGCACUCAUAACUCUAGCAAUUUUAACUUUUAAAAUAAGAGAUAAAGUUAUUGCCAGGAAAUAAAAGGUCACUUAAAAUGCCAUAUAUGUAUCUACUCGACUAAUUGUUGAUGGGGCUUUUCCUCAGAUAAGUUCAUA